AUGGAACCCAGGCACGGGCGUUCAGCAUUCACUAUAAGUUUCUCAAAUCCAAACGGCUUUGUGAAUCAGCGCACUGCCAUUCCAGCCGUCAGUUAUCCAGCAGCUGGUUCUAGCCAACUUGAUGUGCUAGCUCCUAGAGGUUGCAAGAGAAAGUGGACUGAGUUGGCUCUAGGUCUGGGUGACUCAUCAAGCUCAGACAGCAGCAAGCAGAGCAUGGGUACUGGAUGCACUGUUUCUUCUGCUAAGGGAAGCGAUGAUGCCUCAUGUAUGGACUACGACAUAAGUUUUAAGUUAUCUCUUUGCAAUGAAGGUACUUCCAAGCUGCAUAAACAGGCUUGUGAUUCUAAAAGGACUAUGGAGAGGCCUCGGUUGAAUCUUAAGUUAUCAUUGGCUCCAUCUCAGUCCGAUGUAACUGAUGCAGAUCUAAUUAGAAGCAGUGCACCUCAGGACAUGUUUGUGCAUCCGUACUUGAUGUCCUCAGUGCCAACAGUUGAUGAAGGAUCUACAUCUGCUCGACAUUCAUCUGGAGGCAUGGUGACUUCCUUUCUUAACCGGGCAGGGAUUUCUCUGAGUCAAGCGUUCCCAUUUAACUCUAAUCAGGUUCAAGGUCCAGCUCCUUCAGCGCCAACAGUGCUCCUACUGCCAAAAAGUUCAGCUGCCUCUUCUUCUGGGUUUGUCCGUUCACAGCAACGCAACAGUAGCACAAAAAUCUGUUCACAGCCAGGUUGUGCAAAAGGAGCCAGGGGUUCAUCCGGGCGGUGCAUUGCCCACGGUGGGGGUAGAAGGUGCCAAAAAGAAGGCUGCAACAAAGGAGCUGAGGGCAUGACCAUCUUCUAUAAAGCCCAUGGAGGGGGGAAGCGCUGCGAACACCUUGGAUUCAUGAAGGGUGCAAAAGGGCAGCACGAGGCAAAUCGGGCCUGUGUAUCAAGCAUGGUGGUGGUAAGAGGUGCCAAAAGCCAAACUGCACAAAGAGCGCCGAAGGGCGGUCAGGCAUGUGCAUUGCUCAUGGUGGCGGGCACCGCUGUCAGUAUGCUGGGUGCGGGAAGGGAGCUCAGGGCAGCACCAAUUUCUGCAAAGCCCAUGGUGGCGGCAAGAGAUGCACACACCCUGACUGUUAGGGUGCAGAGGGAAGCACGCCAUUCUGCAAAGCACAUGGAGGCGGCAAGCGUUGUUCAGCCGACGGCUGCACGAAGAGCGUGCUUGGUGGGACCCAGUUCUGCGUCGCGCAUGGAGGUGGGAAGAGGUGCGCGGUUGAAGGAUGCAGGAAGAGCGCAAGAGGCCGGACGGACCGUUGUGUUGGCCAUGGUGGGGGCAAGUGAUGCCACUUCGCUGGCUGUGGAAAGAGCGCGCAGGGAAGCACCGACUUCUGCAAGUCACACGGUGGAGGCAGGCGCUGCUCAUUGGGACAUCUGGGUUCAGACCUCGGAUCAGGCGGUGCUCCUUGCGACCGUCUGGCAAGAGGCAAAAAGGGGCUAUGCGAUCGACACAACCCGCUGGUGGAUGACAACAGUGUCCACGGUGUGCCAUUUUUGUCCUUUCUUCGGCUCUUGCGAUCUAAAAGUCCGCGGGAAGCCGCAUGUUGUAUUCUUUGCCGGCCUCCAGGCUCCAGCUCCAACGCAGCUAGCGCAGUGGUUUGAGGUGGUGGCAACUGGCAAGGCCUUGCGAUCUUACUUGCUGAUGGCUUCGAUCACCACCCACAAGUCCAAUGGAGACAAAGCAGGAGAGUCUCCGAAAAUUCUUUGCGAGAUGCUACAAUAUCUGGGGCACCAAGAGCGCCCCUUGUACCAGGGCUUCAAGGAGGUGGUGAAUGACCGCGAGGAGUGGCGCGUUGAAGUGCUCAUCCACACCACCAAGAAGCCCAAUAAGCCUUUGAUCAUCGAAGCAGCUUGUAGAAGGGCCACCUUUUCCGCUGGGAUCCGCGAUGCUGCAUGCCAGGCCAUGUACCGCCUCCGUGACAUGUACGCCGACGACUUGUCUACUACGCCUUAUCGCUACUUUCCACGUCGCCGCAUCUGCAACACCGACAAGGAAAUCCUCCAUUAUUACAAGAAGCAUCAUCAUCAUCAGCAUGACCGUUUGUUGAACCAGCAGAUCAGAUUAACCGAGGCCCUCGUUGCGGUUUGCGAUAACGCUUUCGAUGAGCUUAGAGAGGCCCGGUGCAAGAUACGGGAGCUUGAGGAAGAGUUGAGGAAGCAGGCUCCACGGCACAAGCACAAGGCUAUCAUUGCAUCAUCACUGCCACCACACCGCCGUGUCAUUGUUGGCGACAAAAAACCCUACCAGAGUCCAGGGCAUAAGGCCAGCAUCGGCACCGGCACCGGCACCAGCAGCACGCAAACGCACCAGUGUCGUCGUCGGCAACACUAA